AUGUCAAGCCCUCUCCCCUUUGGAGCUGAAGAAGAAGAUGGUGGCCUUGAAGGCUUCGAUGACUUCUUCCCUGAGGAGCCCAUGAGCCUUCCCAAGAAGAAGAAAUCCAAGAAGCUCAAGGACAGCAGGUCCAAGGGGAAGCGGAAGAAGAAAGAGGGGAGCCAUGAUGAGCUGUCAGAAAACGAAGAGGAUCUGGAAGAGAAGUCGGAGAGCGAGGGCAGCGACUACUCCCCUAACAAAAAGAAGAAGAAGAAACUCAAGGACAAGAAGGAAAAAAGAGCCAAGCGGAAAAAGAAGGGUGACAAUGAUGAGGAUGACAAUGACGACGCAUGCCUAAAGGAGCCCAAGUCCUCGGGGCAGCUCAUGGCCGAGUGGGGCCUGGACGACGUGGACUAUCUGUUCUCGGAGGCCGACUACCACACGCUGACCAACUACAAGGCCUUCAGCCAGUUCCUCAGGCCACUCAUUGCCAAGAAGAACCCGAAGAUCCCCAUGUCCAAAAUGAUGACCGUCCUGGGUGCCAAGUGGCGGGAGUUCAGCGCCAACAACCCCUUCAAGGGCAGCUCGGCGGCUGCAGCUGCAGCGGCAGUGGCUGCAGCCGUGGAGACGGUCACCAUCGCCCCCCCGCUGGCCAUUAGUCCCCAGCAGGCGCCCCAGCCUGUGCCCAUCCGCAAGGCCAAGACCAAGGAGGGCAAGGGGCCUGGGGUCAGGAAGAAGAUCAGAGGCUCCAAGGACGCCAAGAAGAAGGGCAAGGGCAGAAAGGUGGCCGGACUCAAGUUCCGCCUCGGAGGGGUCAGCGGCAAGAGGAAGAAGGGCUCCUCGAGCGAGGAGGACGAGCGGGAGGAGUCGGACUUGGACAGCGCCAGCAUCCACAGCUCCUCCGUGCGCUCCGAGUGCUCUGCGGCCCUGGGGAAGAAGAGCAAGAGGAGGCGCAAGAAGAAGAGGCUCGAUGACGGUGACGGCUAUGAGACGGACCACCAGGACUACUGCGAGGUGUGCCAGCAGGGCGGGGAGAUCAUCCUAUGUGACACCUGCCCGCGGGCCUACCACCUCGUCUGCCUGGACCCAGAGCUGGAGAAGGCUCCCGAGGGCAAGUGGAGCUGUCCCCACUGUGAGAAGGAGGGGGUCCAGUGGGAGCCCAAGGAGGACGAGGAGGAGGAGGACGAGGCGGGCUGCGAGGAGGAGGAGGACGACCACAUGGAGUUCUGCCGCGUGUGCAAGGACGGGGGCGAGCUGCUCUGCUGCGACGCUUGCCCCUCCUCCUACCACCUGCACUGCCUCAACCCGCCGCUGCCCGAGAUCCCAAACGGUGAAUGGCUCUGCCCGCGCUGUACUUGUCCCCCACUGAAGGGCAAAGUCCAGCGGAUCCUACACUGGAGGUGGACGGAGCCCCCUGCCCCCUUCAUGGUGGGGCUGUCGGGGCCCGACAUGGAGCCCAGCGUCCCCCCACCCAAGCCCCUGGAGGGCAUCCCAGAGAGAGAGUUCUUCGUGAAGUGGGCUGGGCUCUCCUACUGGCACUGCUCCUGGGUGAAGGAGCUGCAGCUGGAGCUGUACCACACAGUGAUGUAUCGGAACUACCAAAGAAAGAACGACAUGGACGAGCCACCGCCCUUUGAUUACGGCUCUGGUGACGAAGACAGUAAGAGCGAGAAGAGGAAGAGCAAGGACCCUCUCUACGCCAAGAUGGAGGAGCGCUUCUAUCGCUAUGGCAUCAAGCCCGAGUGGAUGACGAUCCACCGCAUCCUGAACCACAGCUUCGACAAAAAGGGGGACGUGCACUACCUGAUCAAGUGGAAAGACCUGCCCUACGACCAGUGCACCUGGGAGAUUGACGACAUUGACAUCCCCUACUAUGACAACCUGAAGCAAGCCUACUGGGGCCACAGGGAGCUGAUGCUGGGAGAAGAUGCCCGGCUGCCCAAGAGGCUGAUCAAGAAGAGCAAGAAGCUCAAGGAUGAUAAACAGGAGAAGCCGCCGGACACGCCUGUCGUGGAUCCCACCGUCAAGUUUGACAAGCAGCCGUGGUACAUAGACGCCACGGGCGGCACUCUGCACCCGUACCAGCUGGAGGGCCUCAACUGGCUGCGCUUCUCCUGGGCCCAGGGCACCGACACCAUCCUGGCCGACGAGAUGGGGCUGGGCAAGACGGUGCAGACCAUCGUCUUCCUCUACUCCCUGUACAAGGAGGGCCACUCCAAAGGGCCCUACCUGGUCAGCGCGCCCCUGUCCACCAUCAUUAACUGGGAGCGCGAGUUUGAGAUGUGGGCACCUGACUUCUACGUGGUCACCUACACGGGGGACAAGGAGAGCCGCUCCGUGAUCCGGGAGAAUGAGUUCUCCUUUGAGGACAAUGCUGUCCGCAGCGGGAAGAAGGUGUUCCGCAUGAAGAAAGAAGUGCAGAUCAAAUUCCAUGUCCUGCUCACGUCCUACGAGCUCAUCACCAUCGACCAAGCCAUCCUGGGCUCCAUCGAGUGGGCCUGCCUAGUGGUGGACGAGGCCCAUCGCCUCAAGAACAAUCAGUCCAAGUUCUUUAGAGUCUUGAACAGCUACAAGAUCGAUUACAAGCUGCUGCUGACGGGGACCCCGCUUCAGAACAACCUGGAGGAGCUGUUCCAUCUCCUCAACUUCCUGACUCCAGAGCGUUUCAACAACCUGGAGGGCUUCCUGGAGGAGUUUGCCGAUAUCUCCAAAGAAGACCAGAUCAAGAAGCUGCAUGACCUGCUGGGGCCCCACAUGCUGAGGCGGCUCAAGGCAGACGUGUUCAAGAACAUGCCGGCCAAGACCGAGCUGAUCGUCCGUGUGGAGCUGAGUCAGAUGCAGAAGAAGUACUACAAGUUCAUCCUCACGCGGAACUUUGAGGCGCUGAACUCCAAGGGCGGCGGGAACCAGGUGUCGCUGCUGAACAUCAUGAUGGACCUGAAGAAGUGCUGCAACCAUCCCUACCUCUUCCCGGUGGCUGCUGUGGAGGCCCCCGUCUUGCCCAAUGGCUCCUACGAUGGCAGCUCCCUAGUCAAGUCGUCAGGGAAGCUCAUGCUGCUACAGAAGAUGCUCAAGAAACUGCGGGAUGAAGGGCACCGUGUGCUCAUCUUCUCCCAGAUGACCAAGAUGCUGGACCUCCUGGAGGACUUCCUGGAGUAUGAGGGUUACAAGUAUGAGCGGAUCGAUGGUGGCAUCACAGGAGGCCUCCGGCAGGAGGCGAUCGACAGAUUCAACGCCCCUGGGGCCCAGCAGUUCUGCUUCCUUCUCUCGACCCGGGCGGGUGGCCUGGGCAUCAACCUGGCCACGGCAGACACGGUCAUCAUCUACGACUCGGACUGGAACCCGCACAAUGACAUCCAGGCCUUCAGCCGAGCCCACCGCAUCGGGCAGAACAAGAAGGUGAUGAUCUACCGCUUCGUGACGCGUGCCUCGGUGGAGGAGCGCAUCACACAGGUGGCCAAGCGCAAGAUGAUGCUCACCCACCUGGUGGUGCGGCCCGGCCUCGGCUCCAAGUCGGGCUCCAUGACCAAGCAGGAACUGGACGACAUCCUCAAGUUCGGCACGGAGGAGCUCUUCAAGGAUGACGUGGAGGGCAUGGUGUCUCAGGGCCAGAGGCCCAUCACGCCCAUCCCCGAUGUCCAGUCCUCCAGAGGGGGAGCCCUGGCUGCCAGCAUGAAGAAGAAGCAUGGCAGCACCCCGCCAGGUGACAACAAGGACGUGGAGGACAGCAGUGUGAUCCACUACGACGACGCGGCCAUCUCCAAGCUGCUGGACCGGAACCAGGACGCCACGGACGACACGGAGCUGCAGAACAUGAACGAGUACCUGAGCUCCUUCAAGGUGGCGCAGUACGUGGUGCGCGAGGAGGACGGCGUGGAGGAGGUGGAGCGGGAGAUCAUCAAGCAGGAGGAGAACGUGGACCCCGACUACUGGGAGAAGCUGCUCCGGCACCACUACGAGCAGCAGCAGGAGGACCUGGCCCGGAACCUGGGCAAGGGCAAGCGCAUCCGCAAGCAAGUCAACUACAACGACGCGUCCCAAGAGGACCAGGAGUGGCAGGACGAGCUCUCGGACAACCAGUCUGAAUAUUCCAUUGGCUCUGAGGAUGAGGACGAGGACUUUGAAGAAAGGCCGGAAGGGCAGAGUGGUCGGCGACAGUCCAGGAGGCAGCUGAAGAGCGACAGGGACAAGCCCCUGCCACCUCUUCUUGCCCGCGUCGGAGGCAAUAUCGAGGUGCUGGGCUUCAACGCCCGCCAGCGGAAGGCCUUCCUGAACGCCAUCAUGCGCUGGGGCAUGCCCCCCCAGGACGCCUUCAACUCCCACUGGCUGGUGCGGGACCUUCGCGGAAAGAGCGAGAAGGAGUUUAGAGCCUAUGUGUCCCUCUUCAUGCGGCACCUGUGUGAGCCGGGGGCUGACGGCGCGGAGACCUUUGCGGAUGGCGUGCCCCGCGAGGGUCUCUCGAGGCAGCACGUGCUCACGCGCAUCGGCGUCAUGUCGCUGGUUCGGAAGAAGGUUCAGGAGUUUGAGCACGUCAAUGGGAAGUACAGCACCCCAGACCUGAUCCCCGAGGGGCCCGAGGGCAAGAAGCCGGGCGAGGCCGUCUCCUCAGAUCCCACCACGCCAGUGCCUGCCAGCCCCGCUCACCUGCUGCCCGCCCCGCUGGGCCUGCCAGACAAAAUGGAAGCCCAGCUGGGCUACAUGGAUGAGAAGGAGCUGGGGGUGCAGAAGCCAAAGAAAGCCCCAGAAAUCCAGGCCCUGCCGACUGCCCUGGACAGAGUGGAGGGUGAGGACAAGCACGAGAGCCCAGAAGGCAAGGAGAGAGCCCGAGAGGAGCGACUGGAGGAGACGGAGAAGGCCCAGCCCUCCCCGGAGCAGCUGCUGAAAGAGGAAGUGCUUCCUGAGAAGGAGAAAAUUCUGGACAAGCUGGAGCUAAGCUUGAUUCACGGCAGAGGGGAUGACAGCGACUUCAGGCCAGAUGACACCAAAGCUGAGGAGAAGGAGCCCAUCGAAACACAGCAAAACGGUGACAAAGACGACGACGAGGAGGGGAAGAAGGAAGACAAGAAUGGGAAGUUCAAAUUCAUGUUCAACAUUGCAGAUGGCGGCUUCACAGAGCUGCACACACUGUGGCAGAAUGAGGAACGUGCUGCUGUGUCCUCGGGGAAAAUCUACGACAUCUGGCACCGGCGCCAUGACUACUGGCUGCUGGCGGGCAUCGUGACGCACGGCUACGCCCGCUGGCAGGACAUCCAGAACGACCCGAGGUACAUGAUCCUCAACGAGCCCUUCAAGUCUGAGGUUCACAAGGGCAACUACCUGGAGAUGAAGAACAAAUUCCUGGCCCGCAGGUUCAAGCUGCUGGAGCAGGCGCUGGUCAUUGAGGAGCAGCUCCGGAGGGCCGCGUACCUCAACAUGACCCAGGACCCCAACCACCCAGCCAUGGCCCUCAACGCCCGCCUGGCUGAGGUGGAGUGCCUUGCCGAGAGCCACCAGCACCUGUCCAAGGAGUCCCUCGCUGGGAAUAAGCCUGCCAAUGCUGUCCUGCAUAAGGUCUUGAACCAGCUGGAGGAGCUGCUGAGUGACAUGAAGGCGGACGUGACGCGCCUGCCCUCCAUGCUGUCCCGCAUCCCCCCGGUGGCCGCCCGCCUCCAGAUGUCCGAGCGCAGCAUCCUGAGCCGCCUGACCAACCGAGCGGGCGACCCCACCAUCCAGCAGGGCGCUUUCGGCUCCUCCCAGAUGUACAACAACAACUUUGGGCCCAACUUCCGGGGCCCUGGACCGGGAGGGAUUGUCAACUACAACCAGAUGCCCCUGGGGCCCUAUGUGACCGACAUCUAGCCGUCCCCGUGACUUCUCUCUGUUGCAGUGCUCAUUUCCAGCUGAGCCACAUCUGCCGGGUCACCUGCCCGACCCCCACAGGAGAGAAAAGCUACCGCCUUUUUAGGAGCCAUCGUCACAUGGGCACAGGAAGGGAACCCAAGUACUGCCAUCGCCGGGGGGACGGGGCCCGGCCCGGCUGGGCUGGAGCCCAGAAGUGCCACCUCAUCGUAACCCAAGUGUUCCACACAGCGUCACACCCACACCACACGGGAUGUGCCCUGGGCCACCUUUGCCAGAUGACUUCUUAGAGGAGAUUUCAUUUAUUUGUCCAUCUUUUGCACUUUUCCUAUUGAAGACUUGAACAAGUUUGUCUUGUUGAAGUUGAGUGACAUCUGAAGGGGUCUAACCCGAAGCGCCACGUCUGUCUGUCCACGGGCCCCCGACAGACGGACGCCUGGAAGCCCUGCUGCCGCCGGGUGCUGGGCACGCAGGGAGGAUGCGGCGUCUGCCCCAGAGCCCGCGGUGUGUCCCCGCCACCUGUCCCGUCUGCGCCGCCCCUGCCGAGUGGGGCCCCCCAGGGCCAGGUGCAGGGGGCAGGUGCCCCGGCUGGAUGGUGGAGACCUGGCUGGUGCCUGGGGCAGGGCGGGGCGGUUCCCCGACUCCGUUUCUGCUAGGGCUGGGGACCGCCAGGGUCGUGUGAUUUUGGGGGAGGGGCUGUGUCGGCACCGGUGGUGGCUUGCGGCCACCGCCCUGCGUGGCAGACACAGCGUGGGCUCCUAGGAGUGGAGGUGAGGCCUGUGCACGUCGUGGCGUAGGGGCCGUGGGGCCUUCGGGUGUGCUUUUGGGCAGGUGGUGGUUAGCAUCUCAGCAGAGAGGUCACAGCAGCAUUGAAGGUGGCCCAGGAGCCCUUGGCCCUGCCCUGUGCCCUAGGAGGUCUGUAACACCCAUCUCCAGGUACACACUCCCCGCCGUAGGCUCAUGGGCUGCAGAUGCAGGAAACCAGGCAGCCCCGGAGCCGGGACUUACGCUGUGCCGUCCGUGCGGAGCCCUCGGUCCAGGCACUUGCCACCCAGGGCAGGGCCAGAGCUGCCCUCGCUGUGUCCUCAGAUGGCCUGGGCAGAGCUCCGCUGGGGGGCAGGGGACUGGACCUGAGGGCCCCUCCAGCCCACGCUGUGGGAGCCUCCCAGGCUUCCUACCUUGUGUCCUGCCAGGAACACUGGCCCUAGCCCUCCACGCAGCUGGCGGUAUCCUGUGAUGGCCAGGCGUGGGCGUGGGGGGAGCGGCCCAGGCUUGGGCCUGUCAUGUCUCACGCUCCCUCUGGCCCCAGCUCAGCCAGGGAGGGAUUUCUGAGCCUUGGGCUUCCUGGGGAGUGGUCCUGGGUAAGAAUUCUGU